AAUGAAUUGAAGGCCAAAUAAUAUUAAAAAACAGUGAAUACAAACAAAUUGAUGUUUAGAUUGUGUUUAAAAUCAAUUGAAAGUCAAUUUAUUUUACAAAGUCUUUGCUUUUCAAAUACAUUUGCAUCCAAACGGACGAUGCGUUUCUGUGUUAAUAUCAAUACUGUUUUCCAGGACAUACCCAAUCAUAUCAAUAAAUAUGAAGAAGUACUCAAAAGAAAAGACUUUACAUUUGAUGCCAUUGAAGACGGAAAUCCAUACGAGAGGUCACUUGAAGAGUGGACUCAAUUCUUGGCAAAAGUUCCAACUCUUAAGUGGGUUUUGAUUAAUAGUCUUCCUCUUUGGGAUCAUUACAGUCAUAAUACACCAGAUUGUCAACAAUUUCAACUAUUUCUUCAACAAACUGCUGAUUACGUCAAAACUCUCAAUGUUUCAAAAGUUCAUCUUUUGCUUAAAGAUAUUAAAAAUGAUUCAGAAAUUCCUAAGAUGCGGGAACUCAUAUCAUUUGGUGCCCGAUAUUUGCAACCAUUGGGUGUGAUGUGUGUUAUCGAACCGUUGUCUAUACGACCCAAUUAUUACUUGCGAUCAUAUGAUUUGGCCAAACAAUUGGUUCAAGAGAUCAAUCAACCAAACGUUAAGUUAAUGCUCGAUACCUAUCAUUUACAGAAAUUACACGGAAAUAUCACACAAUAUAUUGAGGCAUUGAAGCCAUACAUUGGUCACAUCCAGGUAUCUCAGGUGCCAUUAAGAGACUGUCCCAUAAAUGAGGGUGAAAUCAAUCACAACUAUGUCCUCAAACAGAUUAGUCAAGUAUAUGAUGAUUAUGUGGGACUUGAAUACAUAAACAAAAGUGAUGAUUCUUUUGAAUGGCUCAACAAAUUUAAGAAACUAUAGAUUAUUUAAUAAAAUUAUAAUCUAAGUAUUGGAUAAAGUUUUUGAGA